GGUUCCGGUCGGGGUUGCUAUGGCACUCUGUCCCGCCCCUCUCCCCGCUGUGUGUUUACAUCGGACAGCAGGCGCCGGGGACCCCGGAGCUGUCGCGUCCCGCUCUGUGCGCUGCCGCGCUCCACCCGCCCCGCGCGCCGGCAUGAAGGGACCAAGCUCAGAAACACAGAUGGUGGAAGAUGAAGCUGAGACAACUGGUGAAGAAUUGCCCCCUCAUCUGCGGGAGGAGCCUCCUGAAGAUGCUUCUCCCUGCUCAGCCUGUCUCCACAGGAGGUGAAGAUGUAACCCUCAGUAUGAAAGAUUCCAGCAAGGAUCAUCCACAACAGCAGGCGGGAGUGAUCUGGAGAGUGACGGGAGGCCUGUUCAGCAUCACUCGGGGUGCUGUGGGGGCAACGCUGGGAGGAGUUGCCUGGGUUGGCAGCAAGAGCCUGGAACUCACCAAAACAGCUGUGACCAGCGUCCCUGCCGCCGGUGUCGGACUGGUAAAGGGCAGCGUCUCAGUGGUGACCAGCGGCGUGGGAGCUGUGGGCAGUGCCGUCGCCAGCAAAGUCCCUUUCACCACAAAGAAGAAAGACAAGGCUGACUAGCCUUGAUUGCAGUUUCCUUAUGAAAGAUCAGUCCCCUACGCUCCCUCUCCACAGCACCUCUUCAGAUUGGAAACAGCUGCCUCAGGGAAGGGGCAAAGCACCAGUGCAGACUCUAGCUGCAGCCUGCUCAGCAUGAGCUCACAGAGUCACUGCAAAUACCUUUCACUCCUACCACUUACCGGGGGCCAGAUCUCCUCUGAGGGCUUUCCAGGCACAGCUGUCUCUGCCCUGAGGUUCCCGUCCCCUUUCUCGGUCUCCCGAGCACAGAGGAGUGGGAGUGGACGCUGGCAGGUGGCGGGGGAAGGGGUGGGAAGAACUGUGCUCCAGCAUGAAGCCCACACGUGCUCCUGAUGUUCCUUUCAUUGUAUUUAGUUAGGGUUCAGCUCCAGGGCCCUGGAAGGUGUUCUUAAGAUUUGCUGGAGGGGGAGGUGGAAUUGUUACAAGAAAGUCCUGUUAACAUGAAGACGAGAGACUGUGGCUCACGAAGGUUCGUUCUGCCCCCAGUGAAAUUGAGGGGAGUACCCAUAUCCCUUUGUCUAUCAGUCUCACUCCUGAAGCUGGUCCCCUCAGCUCCGCACUCAGGCUAAGAGAGCCCUCUGCAGAGGGAACCCUCAUCCCUAGCAGAGCAGCUCUCACAGUGAUGCCACAGGGCAGUAUGGCACACUUCAGGCUAUAUAAGAGGAGCAGGUUUAAUAGAUUAGGGCUCAAUGGAAGGGAAAGCUCUGUCAGUAGCCUGGCAGGAGGGAGUACCAGGUCUCCCUUGUGCCAGAAUCACAGGCAACUUUGCAACAUUACAGCAGGGAGGCCAGGUCCUGUAAUGUAGCAGCAGGCAGCACUGCUGUCCUAAUAUUAUGGCAAUAGGCAGCCUGUGCUGCUGCAGCAGUAAGGGACAGCAAUGCUUUUGUCACAGGCGGUGCAAACUUGGCCUUAAUGUAAGCUGAUGCAACCUGCUGACACCAUUGGUGUUUCUCCCCUGCCCCGCAGGGUCAGUGUGGCUCCAUGCCUUGCUCAUGGUACUGCUCCUCAGCCAUGUUAAAGGACAAGUUGGGCCCCUAGUUUGCCUCCACAAGAUGUGGUAAAGCAUGUUCCUGGACCUCAUUUCAGUCCAGAAGUAGGGCUUGGUCUACAACACCACUCUUACAAUGGCUUGGCACCUCAA